AUGAUGAUAAUCGAUAAAGAAGUAUUAGUACAAAAAGCAAAAAUGGCGGAACUAUCAGAAAGAUAUGAUGAUAUGGUUCAAGCUAUGAAAUCAGUCACAGAAAUCGGCGUGGAAUUGUCAAAUGAGGAGAGAAAUCUAUUCUCGAUUGCCUAUAAACAUGUAGUUGCUGCUCGCAGGUCAUCCUGGAGAAUAAUUUCCUCAAUUGAGCAUAAAUGCGAGGGCUCUGACGGAAAGCAUAAAGUCACUCGCGAGUACAGGGAACGAGUAGAAAAGGAACUCACGGAUAUUUGUUACGAAAUUUUGAGUAUUCUUGACAAAUACCUUAUUCCCAAGGCCAGCGAUCCAGAAAAUAAGGUGUUUUACCUGAAAAUGAAGGGAGAUUGUUACAGGUAUUUAGCUGAAAUAGCCACAGGAGCUGCACGCAAGACUGUUGCUGAUCACUCUCAAACCGCUUAUCAGGAGGCAUUUGAGGUUGGCAAGGCUGAAAUGGAGCCAAUACAUCCUACCAGAUUAAGUUUGGCGCUCAACUUCUCGGUGUUCUUUUAUGAGAUUCAGUUCGCACCAGAAAAAGCUUGUGAAUUCGCCAAACAAGCAUUUGAUGAAGGGAUAGCACAAGUGGAUAAACUCGAUGAAGAAUUAUACAAGGAGUCUACGCUUAUUUUACAACUGCUCAGAGAUAAUCUGACUUUGUGGUCCUCCGGAACUUACGGGGAGGGCGAUGAACUCCACCAAGAUGGUGACAACUAG